AUGGCUCUCUUCCAAACCAUUAAGACUCCCACUAUCACAUACGAGCAGCCUCUGGGCCUGUUCAUCGACAAUGAAUUCGUCCCUGGUGUAGAAGGCAAGACCUUCGAAACCAUCAACCCCCACGAUGAGAAGCCCAUCGUCGCUGUCCACGAAGCCACCGAGAAAGACGUUGAUAUCGCUGUCAAGGCCGCCCGCAAAGCCUUCAAUGGAGAAUGGAGACGCAUUACACCCUUGGAUCGUGGCCGCAUGCUGACCCGCCUGGCCGACCUGUUGGAGCGCGACGCCGAUACUGUUGCGGCCAUCGAGGCCUUGGACAACGGCAAGUCCGUGAACAUCGCCAAGACGGUUGAUCUGGUGCUUGCUGCCAACUGCAUCCGGUACUAUGGUGGCUGGGCCGAUAAAAUUGUUGGCCAGACAAUCGAUACCGAUCACGGCAGCCUGACCUACACCCGCCACGAACCCAUCGGCGUGUGCGGUCAGAUCAUCCCCUGGAACUUCCCUCUGCUCAUGUUUGCGUGGAAGAUCGGCCCUGCUCUUGCCACGGGUAACACCAUCGUCAUGAAGACCGCUGAGCAGACACCCCUUUCCGCCCUGUACGUCGCCAAGCUCGUCAAGGAGGCCGGUUUCCCCCCCGGUGUCCUGAACAUCAUCUCUGGUUUCGGCCGCGUCGCCGGUGCUGCUAUCUCCGCGCACAUGGACAUCGACAAGGUCGCCUUCACUGGCUCCACGCCCGUGGGCCGCCAGAUCCUCCAGGCCGCGGCGAAGAGUAACCUCAAGAAGGUCACGCUUGAGCUGGGCGGUAAGUCGCCCAACAUCAUCUUCCCCGACGCAGACCUGGAAGACGCGAUCCGCUGGGCCAGCAUCGGUAUCUACUUCAACCACGGCCAGUGCUGCGCGGCCGGAUCGCGUAUCCUGGUGCACGAGAGCAUCUAUGACAAGUUCCUGGAACUGUUCCACCAGCGCGCCAACGAGCACCACGUCGGCGACCCCUUCCACCCAGAGACCUUCCAGGGUCCCCAGGUGUCGCUGCUGCAGUUCGAGCGGAUUCUGGGGUACAUUGAGACCGGAAAGAAGGAGGGUGCUCGCGUGGUGACUGGUGGCGCUCGCCAUGGUGAGCAGGGAUACUAUGUGCAGCCCACCGUCUUCGCGGAUGUGCACGACGACAUGACGAUCGUCAAGGAGGAGAUCUUCGGCCCCGUCUGCACGGUGCAGAAGUUCAGCUCGGAAGAGGAGGCCAUUGAGAUCGCGAACAACACCAACUACGGUCUGGCGGCCGCUGUUCACACCACCAACCUUAACACCGCUAUUCGGGUAUCCAACGCUGUUCGGGCUGGAACCGUCUGGGUCAACAACUACAACACCUUCCUCACUCAGAUGCCCUUCGGCGGCUUCAAGGAGUCCGGUCUGGGCCGCGAGCUGGGCUCGUAUGCCCUGGAGAACUACUCUCAGGUCAAGACCGUACACAUCAAGAUCCAGGAUGAUGCCGCGUAG